AUGACAUUACCUAAUUUGGUCAAUUUGGCAAUUGAUGUAAAAUUUAAUUCAGCAGUUGAAGUAAUUGGUCAAUCUAUCAAACAUCAAAUUUAUUCAUUAGUAAUUUGCUGUAAAAACAAUUCAACAAUAGAAUUAUAUCAUUUGGAUUAUACUAAUUUGAGAAAACUGAAAUUAGUUGGAGUUACUAUAAAUAGUAAUGUAAUUCCAUUGACAGUGAAAUCACUUUCUCUAAUAGACAGUACUGUAAAUUUCAAAGAAAUUUCAAGAAUUUCUAAUAAUUUGGAAGAAUUGAAUAUUAUAAAUGGAAAUACAGAAAACUUUUCAGAAUUGUUAAAAUGUGAAUUGACUAAUUUGGUAAAACUUUCCAUUUCAGGUGAUACUAUUUGGAAAUUUAGAAACCCCAACACAGAAUUUAAACCAUUCAAAUUGAAAAGUUUAAAAUUAAGAUCUCAAACUUCCAAUUCAUUCAAAUUAAUUGAGAAUAUUUGUGAUUGUGAAAGUUUAACUAAUUUGGAAAUUCCAGAUUGUUCAGUUUAUUCUAAAGAUUUUAUUCAAUUAUUUACAAAAUUCAAUUGUAAUAACUUGACAAAAUUAGAUCUAUCUAAUAAUUACCUAAAUGGAAAUGUAAUUCCAAUUAUAAGUUCAUUUCCUAAAUUGAAAUAUUUAAACAUGAAAUAUAACAAGACAUUAUCAAGAAAUGAUAGAAAUAUUUUAUGUGGACUUGUCAAUAAUAAUCAAAUUAGUUAUGUGAAUUGUAAUUGUCUUUUAGAAAAUGAAAGAGAAUUGACUGAAAGUAAUAUUUCAUUUCUUGAUUCAAUUUUUGAAAAGAAAUUUGAAAUGAAUAAUGAAAAAUUGAUAGAUAAUAAUAUUGUAUCAUCAUCAUCAUUUGAUUUUAAUAAGAGAAUGAGUGUUGUGAUAAAACAAGUUCAUGGACUUUCAUUUAGGGAUUUGUUAUUCGAAUAUGGAAAUUUCACUUCCUUUUCAAUUGAAUGUUCAAUAAUUUCAAAUGAAAAGAAAAAUGAAAUUCACGACACUAAAAUCAUUCCUCUCCAAAAUAUAGAAAUACCACUCGAAUGGAAUGAAGAAAUUAUAUUCGAAACUCAAAUUUCACAAUUUUCAUGUGACUAUUCUAUCAAAUUUUCACUUGUUUGUUAUAGAGAAGAUUUAGAGACUGGAAUUCUUAAAAGAAUUGAGAUUAUGAAACCCAACUAUUUUGAAUGUUCAGUGUUUGAUUCAAAUUUGGAAUUAAUUCAAGGAAAUGUUAAACUUUUACAAAAUACAAAAAAUUCAGAACUUUCUCUUGAAAUUGAAUUUCCUACUCAUGAUUGUAUUGUAAAGUAUUAUUUAGAUAGAAAACCAAAUUUAAUUGAAGAUGAAAAUGAUUUGAAAUUGGAGACUAUUUUAGAAAAUAACAAGUGGAAUGUAAAUGAUUCUUCACAUUUUGUUCCAUUUCUGCUUGGAAUUUCAUUCGAAACUCCAAUGGUACUAUUUAGAGCUAAUCAAAUCAUGGAAAAAUGGAAGAAACCAAAUAAUGUGAUGGAACUAUUCACGUUAUUCUCUUCUAAAAUUGGCAUAUUUUCAAAAUUAACACUACUCAAAUAUUUAGACGAAACUAAGGACGAAAUAUUUUCUUAUAUUUUACCGUUUCUCAUUCAAUGUAUUAAAUAUGAGAAUGAAAAUGGAUUGUUAUCAGAAUAUCUUAUCACUAGAUGUAUAAAAUCUAAAGUAUUUGGAAAUCAAUUAUUUUGGUUACUCAAAUCAGAAUCUCAUUACCUUAUUUGUAAAUUAGUGUUAAUGAAAUUUGUGAAAAUGAUGAAUAUGAAUGAAAUUGAAAUUAUUAGAAAUCAAUGUUUAUUUUUGGAUUAUUUUUAUGAUAUGAAACAAAAUUAUUUGAAUAUUGAAAAUCAAAUAUUCAUGCCAUUUACAAUGAAAGAAAUUAAACAAGGAAUUCACCAAAUUAGUAGAAAUGUGAAUUUUAUAAAUUUGGAAAUUAAACUUUGUAAUGGAGAGGAAAUAAUAAUGCGUUUUUUCACCUACAAAAAUCAAAGAACUGUUCAUAAUUCAUUAUUAUUUAAUAAUUUUAUGGAAAUUUCAAAAUUAUUUAAUGAUACAACUGAUAACAAUUUUCCAAAUAUGGAAGAUGAUUCAUGUAAAAUUAAAUAUUAUCCAAUUGGAAUAGAAAGUGGUUUUAUAACUAUUCCAAAAUCAUUGAAUGAAAUUUCAAUAUCAUCCAUUCAAGAAUUUACUCUUUUAAAAUCUCAACAAUUUAAGAAUAAUUUACUAAAUAGUAUUUUAUAUGAUAAUUUUAUUAGAUGUAUAUUAGAAGUUAAAGAAAAUAAGAGUAAUAUUUAUAUAGAUCAGAAUGGAUAUUCUUCACGAUGUGGGUUUUCACUCGAUGAUGAAAUGAUUGAUAGAGCUUUGAUUUUUUCAUCUAUUACGGCAUUACAACCACCUAAAAAGGAAAUAACACAAUGCGUAGAUAUUUUGAACCAUUUUUAG